AUGGAUAAGCAAACCAUUCGUAAUGGUGUAUAUGACCCGGGUCGAGUGAAGCGCGAACAAACAGUCCACAGCUUCGUGAUGCUGAUCGAGAAGGUUUGGAGGACAUUUAACUGGUACGAUCUUGACGAUAAUGUGCACUCAAGUAAUUUGCCAAUGUGUGAGAAUGCGAGGUUGAGCGAUUACUUGGCCAAGUUAUUCAGGAUUGGAUCAUGCCCGUCUUUCAAGUUACUACGAUGGACUAGCUUUAUUGCUCUAUUUUCACACCCUACAAAUAUGGCUGGCUUCAGCUAUAAUACUCAUGAGGGUGACACCUUCGAAGAUGAUUUCCUGUUAUGUUGUGGACUUUUUUACGUAACGACGGCAGCUAAAUUUUUUUCAUGUUACUUUUUCGUGGUUUGCUUAUUAAUCUCAGGACUGAACUUUCUCGCCUUUGGAUUUGAUCAAACUUGGUUUUCCAUAUUUUGUGUGUUUUUCACUGUAUAUUCCUUAGCAACUGUUUAUGGUGUAUUUCUGGAAAAGAAAAUAUUUCUCAUACCUUUCAUAUUUGUCCAGGGCUUGUUGGCCGCCAUAGUAUUCAUCUGUGCUGCUGCUUUUGCAUUCUUGGGAAUCGCAACGAACGCUAUUCAGCAGCAUCAUACCGACUCUCGUCCUUUGAGAGAUCUUUACUUACAGUACGAACUGGAUCCAGACGACGAAAUCACACAAACAGUUGCUUCAUGGUCAGUACUAGUCAUAUUACUAGUAAUACUAGGAAUAUCUGUAUUUUCAUGGUGGGUAAUCUACAACACUUACCGUAUCUAUGCAUCCAGAGAUCGCGCAAACCAAGCUGGAUAUCAACAAGGUCUGCCUACUACCGAACGCCUGUAAAUUGUAACUUUUGACCAUUUUAUUGUUUUUUGUAAAGUUUUUUGUAAUUAUUGAGAUUCAUGUAAAGCGAUUUUUGACAGAUAUACAAACAAGAACAAACAUAAUAACAUAAAUACAUAUCUUAAUGAAUAUAGCUUUUCUUUG